UCAAAAUUGUUUCUGCUUCGAACUGUAUUGGAAAAAGCAAUAAUGCAGCUGGCUGGAUGACAACAAAGCAAUAAUAUACGUCCAGUCCACAUCAUUGCAACGCGACUGUCCCUGCAUGGAGCAGACCGAGAUCCACGCCCGCAUACAGCCAAAGCAUGUCUAUUUUCAAGGCGCGUGUAAAAGAGUUCGAUGAUGCGCUGGCCCAGGAUGUGGUUGACCUAAAGGAGCUGCGCAGACUGACGUUUAAUGGUGUGCCCGAUGUACAAAGCUUCCGUGCACUCAGCUGGAAACUGCUGUUGGGCUACUUGGGACCAAGGCGCAGCAGUUGGACGACCACGCUGGCCCAGAAGCGAGCCCUGUACAAGCAGUUCAUUGAGGAAUUGGUGCUCCCCCCGGGACACAGCUGCAAUGGAGCUGGAGAAGGCGACGGGGACGGGGACGUCGCUGUUGAUUCAAGGGGCGUUGGCCUACAAGAUCAUCCGCUUAGCGAGGGGCCUGAAAGCGCCUGGAACACAUUCUUCAAUGACAACGAAUUUCUGCUGCAGAUCGACAAAGAUGUGAGGCGCCUGUGUCCCGACAUCUCAUUCUUUCAACAGCCCACAGAGUAUCCCUGUGACAUUGUGGUGCACAGUAAAGGCGAGCACGGGCGGCGGCUUCACGAACGGGUAGUGCCCACGGUGCUCAGCUCGGCGAACGUCGAGCGCAAGGGCUUGGGCAUGACCAAGCAGCAAAUCAAUUUAAUCACAAAGCGUUCGGUGGAGACCUAUGCCGCCAUGGAGGACGGCCAGGAGGCCCACUGGGAGGUUGUGCAGCGCAUCCUAUUCAUCUACGCCAAGCUGAAUCCUGGCCAGGGUUACGUACAGGGCAUGAAUGAGAUUGUCGGACCCAUCUACUAUGUGAUGGCCUCGGAUCCGGAUCUCUCGUACCGCGCCCACGCGGAGGCAGACUGUUUCUUCUGCUUCACGGCUCUAAUGAGCGAGAUACGCGACUUCUUCAUCAAGACUCUGGACGAUGCGGAGGGUGGCAUAAAGUUCAUGAUGGGCCUGCUAUCUAACAUGCUGAAGACUAAAGAUAUAGACAUCUACGAGCAUCUGAAGAGCCAAGAGCUGCAUCCGCAGUACUACAGCUUCAGGUGGCUCACCCUCCUGCUCUCGCAGGAGUUUCCACUGCCCGAUGUGCUGCGAAUUUGGGAUUCGGUAUUCUCGGACGAGCAGCGCUUUAAUUUUCUCAUCAAAAUCUGCUGUUCCAUGAUAUUAAUCCAAAGGGAAGCAAUUUUGGAGAACGACUUUGCCUCGAAUGUGAAGCUGCUGCAAAACUAUCCACCCAUUGACAUAAACGUUGUGAUUACUCAUGCAGUCUCCCUGACGUAGCACUCACUUUUAGUGAUACCACAGAUAUUACAUAUAAUACCCGAUUCCGGGUAGAGUCUGACAAAGCAAUAAUCCACAGUGUCUGGCUAUCAUUUUCAAUAGUUCGAAGCCCAGGACCCAACAAAAGAUCGAACACUAGCGCUGUUUCUCUGUUUUAUACGUUAAAAUUUCAUAAUAAACGAAUGUGCCGCAUGUGUUUGUGUGGAGAUUAAAAAUGCGAAAA